AUGUGCUUCGGAACCCCCUCCUCAGAAAAAUACUACUACCACGAGGAAAUCGUCCCCGCCCGCCGGCCAUCCUCUCACCACCAUCACCACAACAGCAGGAGCAGCAGCCGACACCCCCACCACCACCACCACCGCCACCACCACCAUCAUGUCUCGCCUCGAACGAGCGGGACCUAUCUGUGUCCGCCAACAACAAGAACGACAGUUAUUGUUCCAAGUCCGAGGGCGAGCAUGACGAGCUAUAGGGGGGAGAGCAGAGGGCGGAGUCACGGGGAGAGGGUGGUGGAGAUUGAGAGGAGUAGUAGUCGGGUUGAGACUACUAGGAGGUAUUGA